GUGUGACACUGCCAGAGGACAAUGCACAGCUCCAAGCACACUGGGAAGAUGGGAUCAGCUCCUCACUUCAUUCUCCCAAUGCCAAGGACUUCAUCAAGGCUGUUGGAAAAUACCUGGGACCUUCUGAGAGGACACACAUCAUCCUCUCAACCAUUACGAUGUUCCGCUACUCAUCUCCCUGAAAUCAUCAGGUGGCUCUCAGCAUGCUGGAGGUGAUUGGGAGAGACCCUGACUGGUGGCUGACGGAUGUGCCAAAAAUCGUGAGCCACAUCUACCACACUGGGGUGGUCACGGACAGCCAAGUCCAGCACAGCCUCCACUGCCUGCUUCUCUUGGUGGCUGAGAGGAGUCCUGGGCAGGUGGUCACAACACUGCUGCAGAUCGCCCCACGAGGAGAUAGAAAUGCCCUCAGUUUGUGGGAGGUGAUGUUCUCGGUGCCCCAGACGGUAGAGAAGGUCUUGAAGGAGCUUCGUGUCCAACUCCAGGACCUGAAGAAUGGCAUUUUCCGCACCUUUCCUGAAAACGACUGCCUCUCUUACUUGGCUGUGAGUGAGCAGCAAAAGCUCUGGUGCCCUUGUCCUCGGCUGUGGGGGGAAGCAGAAGCUGUGCCAGAGGAGCCCUGCUGGCUUUGCCAGGGGCAAAGUUGCUCACUGCAGGGUUUCUUUCAGCUGCUGGCCUCCGAAGAUGUGCAAGAGGAGGAAUUCGCUCCAUUGUACAAAACCUGCAGGUUUCUGCUGUAUUCAGCCAACAGCACAGACAGAGAGAUAACCUCCCUGCUGCUCAGGGCCCUCAUCACACUGUCCAACAGAGAGGACAGGGCAAGAAAAAUGAAGGUCCUGCUGCCAGACCUGAUGAACCUGUUGCGGCAGAACUGCCCGUCUCUGGUCAUGAUGGCCCUGAUGGUCCUCCAGAACAUGAUGAAGUGCUUGAAGAGGACCGAGGCCAGUUUAAUUGCUGCGCAUGUGGCGAGGAUACUCUGGUACCACUUUGAUGAGGAGGAAAGCUGGGUGCGGGAGAGCUGCAUCAGCUCCUUCAGAGACCUGGUGAGGACAGUGGUGGGGAAGGAGAAGAAGUGGAUGAAGAACUUCGUGCACACUGUCCUGGCCCCGCUCAUCCUUCGCAUGAACGACGAGGCCCCCAAAGUGGGCCAGGCCUCCAGGAAUGCCCUCCUUGCCAUCGCAGAGCUCCUCAAGUGGAAGGAGAUGAAGCAUGUGGUGAAGACACAGCAGACCUGGAAGAUGGCUGAGUGCUUGAUGAAAAAGGACAGCAGCAGGGCUGAGCAGUACCUUCUUCAGAGCCUGAAGUACCUGAAGGACCCUCAGGAAUGCGUGCGAGACUCGACUAUCAGGUUCAUUGGGACCAUCAUGCGGCAUGUCAAGGACCAAAGCACGGAGGUGCCUGCUCUGAUUGUCAGAGAACUUCAGGCCUUGGAGAAAGGUGGCUGUGAAUUCAUCUGUUGCCUGGCAGCUCAGACCAGCUUGAUCCUGAGCAGGCUGAGGGAGCAGCAAUCACCAGCAGGGUCCCGAUGCUCUCUGUGGUGCUGGCACCACUGAGCUGGGGGCCUCUUGUGUCCAGAGUGGCACAUUCAGGCAAGACUGAUCAGGAACACCCUCCCGCUGAUUCACAAGGUGCAGAAAGGACUCCUGACUUCCUGAGGUUCUUCUCAGAGAAGGCUCUGCGUGUGGUUGGAUCCAGGCUUGGUCAGCACUUCGUCAUACAUCAUUGAACCUGGACAUCACUUUGUUCUGAGGAUUAUGGUUGGCAAACCAACUAUAGCUGU